AGAUCUUGCAAGAGAGAUUAUUUGCUCUUCACUCUAAGGUAAAAGUCAAAGACGUUAUACCUUAACAGUAAUCGCAAUACAAAAGAUACAAAGCCUGAACCAGUAAGAAGAAAAUGCUUUUGCAAAUCUUAGUUGCUGUCUCUGUGAUGCACUAUGUCCAAUCUCAAUGCUCCUUUACAUCUUGGCAGUACAGUUUUAAUGACCUAGGACAAUCCAAAUGCAAUGAAAUUAAUGAUUACAUCCAUGCACUGUACAGACAUGACAAAUACUCGGACGAUGACGAUCUCUCUCUUUUAGAUGGUGCUCAGUGUUGCCCAUUGGGAGAUCCUUGGAGGAACGUGGACCAGCAGGUGGUCUACGAGGACUGGACAUACGACUUAGACUAUGAUUACAGUUGGGCCUUUUGUCGCGUAGGUUACUUUCUUCAAGGUUUAUACAGAUCAAGAGACAUAUGGUCGCCCUACAAAGGCUACCUUAAUCAUCUCGAGGCAGCAAGGUGCACUAAACCAGCUAAUCACCCACUGGAUUAUGGAAGCUGUAUAGAUGUUGACACAAGCGCUUGUAUGAGUCAAAAAGGGUUUUGCUAUUGUCCAGGCGGACAUUGGCUAACUGGAAUCUACCGAGCUGAUGGAGACGAUCUUUACUUUCUGAAAAAAAUUCGAUGUUGUACCCCAGCAGCUAAACCUCUAGACAUGGACGAGAAAAGUAGAAUCCAGACACGUAUCAUGGACACGACUUUGUGGAAUAUGGCUAAUUUAGCUCAUUUCUUGGGUUAUGGCUGGUGUUAUGGAUGCAGAGGGUUGGCUGUUGGGGAAGAUUUCAUCAGAAAUGGGAACACGUGGGCAGCUGCUACAACCCUUUUUUGGGACUCACGUUGUGACGGUGAUAAAAAUGGGGAAAGACUUAAUUUGUUUUUUGAUAAUUGGGGAUUUGGCGUCAAAGAAAUUGUUUAUGGACAAAGUGUUAUUGAAGAUCUUCAACCAGAAACUGUUGACUCAGGAGUAAUCUACAACAAAGCUUCUUCCCCUGUGACUGAGUCUAUUGAAAGAUCCAAAACAAUCCAAGAUACUAUCACUCAUACUACCACAAGUACAUUUACCAACAGUCACGAACUGGGAAUAUCACUUAACUUUGAUAUCGGAAUAGUCAGUGGGGGUACUUCUUAUACAUUUAAAUAUGAAUCUUCAACGACCACUACCAAUGAGCAGAGUAUUUCUCAAACUGCGGGUUUCACCAAAACAUCUAAGAUUGAACUAGGACCAAUGGAAGGAGCUAAGUACCGGGUAAUCCUGAGCAAGAGUAGAACUACCAUACCUUACACUGCUGUAGUAACGACCAAAUUUUCUACAGAAAUGAAAGGAUUCUUGAGAUGGGAAGACGGCGAUGGUAACUUCCAUCAAAUGUAUAGAACUAACAGAAAUAGACCCACCUUCAAUUAUCGUUUCGGAGACGCCUCCGUUCCAUUUUACGAAGCACUAAAAAAACAAAGUGAUAGAAACGAAGGUCCCUGGAUGUGGGGAAUGUUAUUCCAGAAGUUCCCCAAUGCACGUCACGUGAUUAACAGACUCACGGAUGAACCUCAGUAUCAGUUUACUUUGACUGGCAAGCUGGAGAAAGUUGAAGGCACAUACAUCAAUGUUGAAUGGGAGAAAAUUCCAUUAAGUCGUCGUGAUGUAUCUGGUGAUGAAGUACCUGCAAGCAAUAGUACAACUUAUAUUGCGACAUCCGGUCCUGCUGAUAAACCAGCUAGUGUGGAGUACCCCAAGGUUGAAUUAAAGAACAAUGAGCCUUUUGAACCUAUUCAGAUUCCAGUCAGAAAUGUUUAAGUCUAGAUCCAGUGUUUUAGAAAUUUAGAGCAUUUUGU